AGAUUUCUUCAAAACCGCUCUAGUUUGAUAAAGAACAUUAACAAGACAUAGUGGUGACUUGUAGUCAAGCGCCGGUUUAUCGGAAACUAUAACACUAUCGUGCCGUGGUAAUUUAACGAAAUGUUGUCUUCGGGAGACAUCAUUUCCAAAUGUUUGCAAAUUAUUGUCUCGUUUCUCAUUAAAAAAAUUAAUAGAAGGAAGAAGUAGGAGUGACGGGCUAUUCAUGAACAGUUAUGUUUAGAGUGUACUCUUUAGCUAAGAAAAUUAGUUGUUUUUUUCUUUGGAAGUUUUUGAAAAUUAUCAUGAUCACAUAACGCUAUGUCGCAGCCUGCUGGAAAAAAGGGGGGCGGGAAGGGCCCCCCCAAAGACAAGAAUGAUGACAGCAAAGACCAAAACAACAAAGCUGCCAAAGACAGUAAAGAGAAGGACAAAGAAGAGACCGCCAGCAACCCCGAAGGCGACGACACCCCCAGCUCGAAGCCGCAAAGUGCCGGUGCCAACGUCCGCGAUGCCGCCCAGCGAAUCCUCGUCCUGUGCCAAAAGGGCGAAUGGGCUCCCGUGGACCAGGUUCUCAAAUCCUUGGAGAAAUCCAUCGCAGCGGCCGGAGACGACGCCAACACCGUCCCUCUGGCUGGCGUGGCCGACCUAGCGACCGGCAUGACACCUCUCAUGUACGCCGUGAAAGACAACAGGACGUCCCUUCUUGACAAACUCAUCGACCUGGGGUCGGAUGUCGGCGCUCGAAACAACGACAAUUACAAUGUCCUUCAUAUAUCAGCGAUGUACUCACGGGAGGACGUGGUCAAGCUACUGCUGACCAAGCGAGGAGUCGAUCCGUAUUCAACUGGUGGCAGUCGCAAUCAAACCGCUGUACAUCUGGUGGCGUCCAGACAAACGGGGACCGCCACAGCGAUCCUGCGAGCUUUGCUGCAAGCUGCAGGAAAAGACAUCAGAUUGAAGCCGGAUGGGCGCGGCAAGAUCCCCUUGCUGCUGGCCGUAGAGGCCGGCAACCAGUCAAUGUGCAGAGAGCUUUUAAGCGCCCAAACGGCCGAGCAACUGAAAGCGGCCGCCGCCAAUGGAGACACGGCUCUCCAUUUGGCCGUCCGCCGAAAGGACAUCGACAUGGUCCGCAUCCUGGUGGACUACGGCACCAGCGUGGACAUCCGCAACGGCGAGGGCCAAACCCCCCUGCACAUAGCGGCCGCCGAGGGCGACGAAGCCCUAGUCAAGUACUUCUACGGUGUCCGGGCCUCGGCCAGCGUCACCGACAACCAGGACCGCACCCCCAUGCACCUGGCCGCCGAAAACGGCCACGCCAACAUAAUCGAGCUCCUGGCCGAUAAAUUCAAAGCCAGCAUUUUCGAAAGGACAAAGGACGGCUCCACGCUUAUGCAUAUCGCGUCUCUUAACGGGCAUGCAGACUGCGCUGCUAUGCUGUUCAAAAAGGGGGUCUACCUCCAUAUGCCGAACAAGGACGGGGCUAGGAGUAUUCAUACCGCCGCGAGGUAUGGCCAUGUUGGGAUAAUCAAUACACUUCUCCAAAAAGGCGAAAAGGUUGAUGUGACAACUAAUGAAAAUUACACGGCACUCCAUAUAGCCGUUGAGUCAGCCAAGCCGGCCGUCGUGGAAACGCUGCUGGGCUAUGGAGCGGAUGUCCACGUCAGAGGGGGGAAAUUAAAGGAAACAGCGCUGCACAUAGCAGCACGUGUCAAAGACGGCGAUCGGUGCGCCUUAAUGCUUCUAAAAUCGGGCGCUGGCCCAAACCUCACAACACACGACGGCCAAACUCCCGUCCACGUUGCCGCCCAGUACGGGAACUUACAAACCCUCCUCCUCCUUCUGGAGGAUGGGGGAGACCCCCAGUUCAAGAACAAGGCGGGCGAGACGGCCCUGCAUUUGGCCAGCAGGGGUUGCAGGCCAGACGUGGUCCAACACCUAAUCAACUAUUUGAAAGAACACAAAGGUGACGAAGUUGCCGCGAGUUACAUCAACGAAAUCAGCGAACAUGACGAAAGUGCCUUACAUUACGUCUCAGCGGUCAAGAAGGAGGACGUCGAAGUUCCCUUAGCCGACAAGGAAGUGGUCAAGCUUUUGCUACAGAACGGCGCCGAUGUUAAACUGCAAACGAAACAGCACGAAACGGCCUUUCACUACGUUGCCAAGGCCGGGAAUAACGACGUUUUGAUGGAGAUGAUCGCACACAUGACGCCAAAUGACGUGCAAAAGGCCCUAAACAAGCAGAACUUGACCGGAUGGACGCCCCUUUUGAUAGCGUCCCAUAAAGGCCAUCAGGAGAUGGUCAAUAAUCUCCUAUCGAACCAUGCCAGAGUGGACGUGUUUGACAAUGAGGGCCGGUCAGCUCUCCACUUGGCAGCAGAACAUGGGUACCUCCAAGUCUGCGAUUUCCUCCUUUCGAACAAAGCUUUCAUCAACUCCAAGUCGCGGAAUGGACGCACGGCCCUUCACUUAGCUGCCAUGAACGGUUACAUUCACUUGGUCAAGUUCUUGAUCAAUGACCACAACGCUGUUAUCGAUAUCUUGACUCUCAAAAAACAAACUCCUUUGCACUUGGCGGCAGCAGCUGGCCAGAUCGAAGUCUGUCGCUUGUUACUCGAGCUUGGAGCAGACAUAGACGCUACUGAUGAACAGGGCCAAAAGCCCAUCCAUGCCGCGUGUCAGAACAAUUUUUCCGAAGUCGCCAAGUUAUUCCUCCAGCAGCACCCAAGUCUAGUCAUGGCUACGACCAAAGACGGCAACACCUGCGCCCACAUUGCUGCCGCCCAAGGGAGCGUAACAGUGAUCGAAGAACUCAUGAAAUUCGACAGACAAGGCGUUAUUUCCGCCAGAAACAAACUAACAGACGCAACACCGCUCCAAAUAGCCGCAGAAGGCGGCCAUGCGGAGGUCGUGAAGGCACUAGUCCGAGCUGGGGCUUCGGUGACUGACGAGAACAAGGGGGGCUUCACAGCGGUGCAUUUGGCCGCGCAAAAUGGCCACGGACAAGUGCUGGAAGUGCUGCGGUCUUCGAACACGUUGCGGGUCACCAGCAAAAAACUAGGGGUGACUCCGCUGCACGUGGCGGCUUACUUUGGCCAGGCCGACACCGUGCGCGAGCUGCUGACCCACGUCCCGGGCACCGUGAAGUCGGAGCCACCCAAUGGGGCCUCGCUGGUCCCAGCACUGGGCAACGAGUCAGGAAUGACGCCCCUUCACUUGGCCUCCUUUUCCGGGAAUGAGAACGUCGUGAGAUUGUUGCUGAACAGCGCGGGGGUGCAAGUGGACGCCGCCACACAUGAAAACGGGUACAACCCCAUGCACUUGGCUUGCUACGGGGGCCACGUCACCGUCGUGGGGCUGCUGCUCAGCCGAUCGGCCGAGCUGCUGCAAAGUCACGACAAGCACGGCAAAACCGGCCUUCACAUUGCCGCCACCCACGGCCACUAUCAGAUGGUGGAGGUGUUGUUAGGUCAAGGUGCGGAGAUCAACGCACCUGAUAAGAACGGCUGGACGCCUUUGCAUUGCGCGUCCAGGGCCGGGUGCUUCGAGGUUGUUAAGCUGCUGACGGAGUCUGGAGCCUCGCCCAAGUCGGAGACGAAUCUCGGGGCUGUGCCGAUCUGGUUCGCGGCCUCGGAGGGCCACCACGACGUUUUGGAGUAUCUGAUGACGAAGGAACACGAUACUUAUGCCCUUAUGGAGGACCGGCGGUUUGUCUACAACUUGAUGGUGUGCUCCAAAAACCACAAUAAUAAACCGAUCGAAGAGUUUAUUCUUGUAUCACCCGCACCUGUUGAUACAGCCGCGAAAUUGUCAAAUAUUUUGAUUGUUCUGUCGGGGAAAGAAAAAGAAAGGGCCAAAGAUUUAAUUUCUGCGGGGAAGUACUGCGAAGCUAUGGCUACUGAACUGCUGGCCCUAGCGGCAGGGGCCGACUCUGCAGGCAAAAUACUAACGGCCACUGAUCGCCGAAACGUCGAGUUUCUGGAUGUCCUCAUCGAAAAUGAGCAAAAGGAGGUGAUUGCACAUACCGUAGUCCAGCGUUACCUCCAGGAACUCUGGAGAGGGGCCCUCAACUGGGCGGCGUGGCGUACGCUCCUUCUUUUCGUGUUGUUCAUAAUCUGCCCGCCGGUCUGGAUCGCCUUCACUCUGCCCCUCGGCCACAAAUACUACAAAGUCCCGAUAAUAAAAUUCAUGUCAUACCUCACCUCCCACAUUUACUUGAUGCUAUUUUUGCUAAUAGUGGGUAUAACACCCCCGUACCCGGUCGUGCGUAAAAACCUCCUUCCGUACUCGUACGAAUGGAUACUUUUGAUUUGGCUCAGUGGACUGCUCUUGUUCGAAUUGACUAAUCCGAGUGACAAAUCGGGGUUAGGGUGGAUUAAGCUUUCGGUUCUGUUGUUUAGUAUUUUCGGGGUUGGGGUCCAUUUGAUGGGGCUUUUGUUCAUUGAUAGGAACUAUUGGCCCACGCUGAUGUAUUGUAGGAACCAGUUGUUUGCUUUGUCGUUCGUGCUAGCUUGUGUGCAAAUUUUGGACUUUUUGUCAUUUCACCACCUGUUUGGGCCGUGGGCUAUUAUCAUAGGGAAUUUGAUGAAGGACUUGGCGCGGUUCUUGGCCGUGCUGGCGAUUUUCGUGUUUGGGUUCUCGAUGCAGUUCGUCGCGCUGAAUCAGCCGUUCAAGAAUGGGGAGCUCAAUCCGAGACGAGGGAAAUAUUUCGUUGACGAGCAGGAAGCGCUGGCGGAAUGGAUUGAGCCGCUGCCGGAGGAAAGCCCUACCUGGAGGGCCUCUCUGCGUAAAAAGCGUCCUCCGCCUAUGGUAAUGAACCCGCUGCUAGCGUUCGAGCUGUUGUUUUUCGCCGUUUUCGGCAUGACAACCUACGAUGAGUUGACGGCAAAGGAUAGGUCCGACCCCAAGCGGUUGCUGCGGCCGGCUUGGACGGACAACCUCUUCAAGGUGGUGUUUGGGAUCUACAUGUUGGUGUCCGUCGUCGUAUUGAUAAACCUUCUAAUUGCCAUGAUGUCCGAUACGUACCAGCGCAUUCAGGCCCAAUCCGACAUCGAAUGGAAAUUCGGGCUGAGUAAGCUCAUUCGGUCCAUGCAUCGGACCACGACCGCGCCGAGUCCCAUCAACUUGAUCACGACGUGGUUGUUCUACUUGGUCAACAUUUGCAAGAAGAGGGUCAAUGAAUCAGUUAAAGCCCGAAAGCGCCAGAGUUUGGUCCACCUCAUGGGAAGCUUCCAGCGCCCUCAGCAACUGAGUCCUAGAUCCAAAGCAGGUGCCAAAUGGUUGUCGAAGGUGAAGAAAGGAAGCCAAGUGGCCCCGAAGGAAUCCGUCGCGCUCUCCGUCGCCCAUCUCAGCCCCUUAGGGUCGCAGCUGAGCUUCACGGCGCACACGACAAGGAUCGAACAUGUGACCGAUUGGGAAGCCAUAGCUAAGAAAUACAGAGCUCUGAUGGGCGAAGUUGACGAGGUGAAGGAACAGAACGCUGACGAAGAAAACGAGAGCGAUGAAGACGCAGUGCAAGCUUCCAACAGCGUACAACCAGUGACAUAAAUUGACCAAAUUACCCAGUAGUAGCAAAGAAAUUGGUAAUUUUAUUAAAGAAGUAGGAUUUUUAUACUCCAUCAUUUCGUAACGCUUGUGUAGGAAUAAUAGCGGGGAAAUAGAAGCAAUCAAGUUAUUUGUAUCCAAAAUUAGGUAUUUAACUAGAGAUUGUAUACUGUAUGCCGUAAUCAUAGUGUAGCUAUUUAUUUUUUAAAUAAAUUCAUAAAUAAAA